AUGGGAUAUUCUGGUGGUGGUUCCGGGUUCGGUGGGCAAAUGGCAGAAUGGCUGCCUGCACCGGAAAGUGCCGACGUGGCGCUCUUACCUUCCAUUCAUCUGGGUAACGCCCGCGCGGAUGAGCUGGUCCGUAACAACGGUAUUGCAUCGAAUGCAGUGGAAAUUCAUAAGGAUCAUAUUGUCGGGCACAUGUUUCGUCUGAGUUACCGUCCCAACUGGCGCUGGCUGGGGAUGUCGGAAGCAGAUUCACAUGCUUUUAUUGAAGAUGUUGAGGCUGCGUGGAUGGAAUACUGCGAUCCGGUGUUUGGUACGAUGGAUGUGGAAGGACGUCGUUCGUUUACCGAAUUCAUUCGUGAAGGGGUGGGGGUCCAUACGUUUAACGGUGAAAUUUUUGUCCAGCCCGUAUGGGAUGCGGAAUCCACGUCAUUAUUCCGGACGAAAUUCAAAACCAUCAGCCCGAAGCGUGUCAGUACACCCGGUUAUGGUACCGGCGAUCGUUUUAUGCGUGCCGGGGUGGAAAUAAACCGACACGGAAAAGCGCUGGCCUACCAUGUUCAGGAUGAUGACUGGCCCGGCUACGGUGUCAGUAAAUGGACACGAAUUACGGCAACACUGCCUUCCGGGAGACCGGGAAUGAUCCAUGUGUUUCAGCCACAGGAAGACGGGCAGACGCGCGGGGCCAACCAGUUUUAUUCUGUAAUGGAGCGUCUCAAGAUGCUCGACACACUGCAGGCCACGCAACUGCAGUCGGCGGUGGUUCGCGCCAUGUAUGCCGCCACGAUUGAAUCCACACUGGAUUCGGAAAAAGCGUUUGAAUAUAUCGCCGGGAGUGGGAGAUGGAGGUAA